UUAACGAUAGUAGAAAUGUCACUUAGCCAGGGGCUGUUGCUCACGUCCACAGACGCAAAAUUCUUUGCGCAUUCAGCGGGCAACAUCAAUAAAGAAACAUUCCGAGUUGAGUUGCUCUACUUCCCACCUCAGUACCCAUCCAGUCGCCGUGCAGAUCGCACGCGCGUCCGUUAUGUGAAUAUAAAAAAAUAUUUAAUAAACUCUUUUAAAAAUAACUGUAAAAUGUUGGUAUUUUGGUGUUUAACGAUUUUAGUGGGAUAUGUGCAUGGUUUUGCGUUGCCUUUCGAAGGGCUCUACCCAUUGGAUAUAAUUCACUACAACGAUUUCCACGCAAGAUUUGAAGAAACCUCAGUAGAUACACCAACAUGUAGGUACAACAACAACUCCUGUAUCGGCGGCUUCCCGCGCUUGUACCAGGAGAUCCACACUCUGUUGCAAGAGAAGCCACACUCCUUGGUCCUGAAUGCUGGUGACAGCUUUCAAGGAACCUACUGGUAUACGCUGCUGAAGUGGAGCGUGACGCAGGAGUUCAUGAACCUUAUACCUCAUGAUGCUCAUGCGAUAGGAAACCAUGAGUUCGACGAUGGUCCAGACGGGCUGGCGCCCUACCUCUCCGCUUUGAAGGCCCCAGUACUAGCUGCUAACAUGGACACUAGCUUGGAACCAGUAUUAAAUGGCCUAUAUAAACCACACACUAUCGUGAAAAGGAAAGGGAGGAAGAUUGGAAUAAUAGGUCUUAUUACUCCGGAUACUGCUAAAUUAUCAUCGCCCGGUAAAGUAAAGUUCACUGAUCCGAAAGAAGCAGCGAGACGCGAGGCAGAAGCUCUCAAUGAGAAAGGAGUCGACAUCAUUGUUUUACUGUCUCAUUGUGGACUUGAAGUUGACCAAGAAAUAGCUCGGGAGGUUGGUGAAUAUAUAGACAUAAUUGUGGGGGGACACACGCAUUCUCUCCUGUGGAACGGGGAAGCACCAAGUGGGGAGGCUGUGGCCGGACCCUACCCUGUGUUCAUUGAGAACUCUCAUGAUAAAAAACAUCAGGUUUUGAUCGUGCAAGCAUCAGCCUUCACUAAAUACAUGGGCAAUUUGACAGUGUACUUCGAUUUCCGAGGGGACUACGUCAAAUGGGAAGGCAACCCACUGUACCUCGAUCGAUCCAUUCCAGAAGACCCUGAGAUUAAAGCCAAGUUGGCGCCAUACGCGAAGAGAGUCCAUGAUGCAGAGAACGUCGCUGUGGGAUCCACAGUCAACACCAUGCGGUUUGAUGACUGUGUCUUCGGGGAGUGCACCCUUGGAGACAUGCUGGUUGACGCCCUGCUUGAAUAUGGCAUAGAAAAAGUAACAUCACCGUUCCCAUAUUUAUCAUUUAUUCAACGAGGAAACAUCAAGUCUUCGAUCAUGCAAGGAACUAUAACUGAUGGCUCAAUUUUCGAGCUUUUACCCUUCAACGACCGCGUUGAGCUUUUUGAAUUGGAAGGAAAGUACGUGCGACAAGCUUUGGAGAGGAGUAUGUUUGACGCGUGGGGAUACAACCCGUUUAAAGGACCUUGGUUACUUCAAGUUGCUGGCAUCCAAGUAACAUACAACGUGUCGCUACCAGAGGGUAGUCGUGUCACUUCUGCGUCGGUCCUCGAUAAAAGCACGCCGAAGCCACUGGAUGAUAACGCCACGUACAUUGUGGUAGCACCAGCCUACCUGGCUGAUGGAGGAGAUGGAUUCUCUAUGUUCAAAGAAGGAAAGAAGAAUGCUGCAGUAAUAGGCCGCGACCAGAAAGUUUUGGAGAGCUACAUCAGAAAAUAUUCGCCUUUGGACAUCAAAACUGACGGCAGAAUUGUUAUCAACAGUUGACUGAAUUAAUUUAAU